CCCUGCUGCAAACUCUUCCCUUUGCCCCAUGUCUGGAGGCAGCCUGGUGCAGAGCUUAUUAAUCUGUCUCUCUCUCUUCCUUCCCUCCCUCAAUCCCAGGCUUCCAGGACGUCCAUGUGAUGAUCUUUGUGGGAUUUGGUUUCCUCAUGACCUUCCUGAAGAAGUAUGGCUUUGGCAGUGUGGGUUUUAACUUCCUGCUGGCCUCGUUCUCCUUGCAAUGGGCCACCCUCGUUCAGGGCUGGCUACAUAGCAUGGGGCAGGAUGGCAAGAUCCAUGUUGGCAUUGAGAGCAUGAUCAAUGCAGAUUUCUGCACUGGAUCGGUCCUCAUCUCCUUUGGAGCUUUGCUGGGGAAGACCAGCCCUGCCCAGUUGCUGGUCAUGACCAUGUUUGAGUCCGCACUGUUCUCCGUUAACGAGUACGUUCUCCUUUCAGUGCUGCAGAUCAAAGACGCAGGCGGCUCGAUGACCAUCCACACCUUUGGCGCUUACUUCGGGUUGACCAUUGCCCGUGUUCUGUACCGCCCUCACCUCGACAAGAGCCGGGAGCGGGAGGGCUCUGUCUAUCACUCGGACAUCUUUGCCAUGAUCGGUACCAUCUACCUCUGGAUGUUCUGGCCAAGCUUUAACUCAGCGGUGACCAAUCUGGGCAGCGCACAGCAUCGAACUGCCCUCAACACCUACUACUCGCUGGCUGCCUGCACCCUCGCUACCUUCGCUGUUUCCAGUCUCGUCAACCAGGAGGGCAAGCUGGACAUGGUUCAUAUCCAGAAUGCUGCCCUAGCUGGCGGCGUGGCAUUGGGCACAGCGGGUGAAAUGGCCAUCAUGCCUUACGGCUCGAUGAUGGUGGGCCUGAUCGCUGGCAUCAUCUCCACACUUGGCUUCAAGUUUCUGACGCCGAUCCUGGACUCCAAGCUGAAAGUGCAGGACACCUGUGGCGUGCAUAACCUGCAUGGGAUGCCAGGAAUUCUGGGAGCAUUGGUGGGAGCCAUUUUGGCCUCAUUGGCAUCGAAAGAGACUUAUGGAGAUGGACUGCAGGAUAUUUUCCCUUUGCUGGAGGAACAGAGAUCAGCGAAGCAGCAAGGCUUGUACCAGGCCCUCGGGCUCGCUGUCACCCUGGGGUUCGGUCUGAUUGGAGGGGUCAUUGUAGGAUUCAUCAUGAAGCUUCCCAUCUGGGGACAGCCACCUGAUACACAGUGCUUUACAGACCAACCGUACUGGGAGGUUCCUGAAGAUGACUGGGAUCACGGUGAGUUAGUUCCGGUGAAGAUCGAGGAAGCAGAGAAACACGCUUGAAGAGGGCUGCAUCUCUGGGAGGGAUGGAUUGGGAUGUGAACUGCUGCACAUGGUGAGGUCAACCACAUUAAAACACUACCUGCAACAGUUAUCACAUAUACAGACUGGCAAUGAUAUUUGAACGUUUUUUCCAAGUAAACCAUAAGCUUUGUUUUAUAUACUCAAGAAAUGAGAUGUAUUUACUCUGAGGAAAUACUCUGGCGCACAUGUAUUGCUGUACUAUUUUACUCACUUAAUAAAUCCAGUUGGCUUAAUGUUUA